AUGCUCAGAUUAUCCUCAAACUCCUCAGAUUAUCCUCAGACUACUCCUCAGAUUAUCCUCAAACUCCUCAGAUUAUGCUCAGAUUAUCCUCAAACUCCUCAGAUUAUCCUCAGACUACUCCUCAGAUUAUCCUCAAACUACUCCUCAAACUCCUCAGAUUAUCCUCAGACUACUCCUCAAACUCCUCAGUCUAAUCCUCAGACUCCUCCUCAGAUUAUCCUCAAACUCCUCAGAUUAUCCUCAAACUCCUCAGACUACUCCUCGGUCUAA